GGCGCGCCCACCAAGCGCCGCUCGGCCGACGCCUACAUCGGCAACCUGGCGCUGGCCGACCUGGCCUUCGUGGUGACGCUGCCGCUGUGGGCGGCGUACACGGCGCUGCGCUUCCACUGGCCCUUCGGCUCGGCGCUCUGUAAGCUCAGCAGCUACCUGGUGCUGCUCAACAUGUUCGCCUCGGCCUUCUGCCUGGGCUGCCUCGGCUUCGAGCGCUACCUGGCCAUCGU